UUACUAAUAACACUCUCAUAGUAUAUAGGCCACACAAUGGAAAACAUGAGUUGUUCUGUUCAGGGAACUUUGUGCUGCAAGGGAGAGCUUCAAUUAUCCACAUGACUCGUUCUUGCCAAGAUUGGAACCGAGGAAACUAAUGGAUGCAUCAUAAAGGUUCCAUUUAGAUGCACAAGAAACAUAGAAGAAGAUAACAUUGUAAAGUUGCAAAAGAUGAAAGUUCCAGAGUCUGUACAACGGUCAGCAACAGACAAUUUUGGUCUCACAACAAGCUUGGUCAAUGCGGAAAAAUUAGAAGGGCAGGAAAUCGCGGUUAAGAGUCUCUCACAAGCUUCUGGUCAAGGACUUGAAGAACUACUGAUUCAUUGGUAAUACUGAAUUUAGGAAAAAUUUCAAGGGCAGGAAAUCGCAAUUAAGAGGCUCUCACAAGCUGGUCAAGGACUUGAAAAACUUGUGAAUAAAGUUGUCAUGAAUUAUGAACCCUAUGUUUGCAACAAAGAAUUCUAGUUAGGUUAGAUGGAUGUUUCAAUGGGUACUAGAGCUAGCGUCCUGAGACCAUAAAAAUAAAAGCUUCAUGAAUCUG